CCUUUUUCCUCCCACCCCGCCUCCCACGUUUCCUUCACGCCAUUUCUCCUCCUCCUCUGUCCUUUCCGUCCUCCUCUUCCUCCAAUCUCUCUCUCUCUCUCUCUCUCCCACCUCCAUUGUCACCACCCUCGCACAGAGAGGAGGGAUCAAGGAAAUCCGGAACCAAUGGAGUCGAAUGGAACCAUGGCUGCCGAGGGCAGGGGAUCCUCCGCCCUGAUCUUCCUUGGCACCGGCUGCUCCAGCGCCGUCCCCAACGUAAUGUGCCUGAUCCAGCCCUCAGAUCCGCCCUGCCGCGUCUGUUCUCGGUCCCUCCUCCUCCCCCCCGAUCAAAACCCUAAUUACAGGUGCAAUACGUCACUUCUCAUUGACUACUGCCAGAGCAAUGGCAAGCACAGCUAUAUACUGAUUGAUGUGGGGAAGACUUUUAGGGAGCAAGUACUUCGAUGGUUUACCUUUCAUAAGAUUCCACAUGUAGAUUCAAUAGUCUUGACUCAUGAACAUGCUGAUGCAGUUCUUGGUCUGGAUGAUAUACGUGCUGUGCAACCCUACAGUCCAACAAAUGACAUUGACCCAACUCCUGUAUUCUUGAGUCAGCACUCAAUGAACAGUAUUACUGUCAAAUUUCCUUACUUGAUCAAGAAGAAACUAAAAGAAGGCCAGGAAGUCAGACGGGUAGCACAGCUUAACUGGAAAGUCGUUGAGGAUAACUGUGAGAAACCAUUUGUUGCAUCAGGCCUGCAAUUCAUUCCCUUACCAGUGAUGCAUGGGGAAGAUUACGUAUGCCUAGGAUUUCUCUUUGGUGAAAAAUGUAGAGUAGCUUAUCUAUCUGAUGUUUCUCGCAUUCCCGCAAGCACAGAGUAUGUUAUUUCAAAAAGUGGAGCUGGACAGUUGGAUCUUCUCAUCUUGGACACUCUCUACAGGGGUGGAUCCCAUAAUACACACUUCUGCUUUCCUCAGAGUCUAGAAACCGUGAAGAGGUUAUGUCCAAAGAGAGCUCUACUUAUUGGGAUGACCCAUGAGUUUGACCACCACAUGGACAACGAAUUUCUCUCUGAAUGGUCGAAUAGGGAAGGAAUCCCGGUGCAGCUUGCUCGUGAUGGCCUGAGGGUCCCUAUAGACUUAUGACAAAUGGACAAGGUCAGUGAAGAGGAGUUGGGAGUGUUACGCACGGGACACAUCAUUGUUCAUGUCCACUUAAUUGUUGUAGAAUAUUACCGCCGUCUGAAUUAGUUACACUAAUAGCAUUAUGUUCUACCAAACAAUUCAUUACUGAGAAUUAUGACCAACCUAAAGGUUAUGUUGUACCAAACAAUUCAUUACUGGGGAGUAAUGAUCAACUCGAAGAUUAUAUUUCUCGAACAAACAGAGAACCUGGCAAUCAUUUGUUCUCUACUCACUCAGGAGCCGUGGUAAGUCUAGUUAAGUAGUCUGAACCUUGUAACCGAAAAAAGUAGUCCAAACCUAACAAAAGUUUCCAUUUUGCCUA